CGACUGGUAGUCCAUUAUCAUGGUGCCGAACGCUGAUAGACCAUAGAAAAGAGAUUAGGUGACGGUAUACUGAUAGACGGUCGAUUCAUCAGAACUGAUACGGAAUGUUUUUGAACCGAAACGCGUUGAAUUCUCGUCGUGUCGGUUCCCGAAUCACAGUCGGCUACAUGUUCGCGUGCACGUGAUACAGACAUGGGCGAAGUCCAGUGGCCGUGGCAGUACAGUUUUCCGCCGUUCUUCACGAUCCAGCCGAAUGCGGAAACAAGGAAGAAGCAGUUGGAAGCUUGGAGGACGUUGCUGCUGGAGUACUGUCGAACGCAGAAGGUGUGCGUCAUUGAUGUGCGCGAAGGAGACCGUUUGUCCGUGUUCAACAAUGCCGUCAUAUCCAGAAAACUGUCACCCGAAGCGAUCACCAUAGUGUUGGAAGCUUUGCAGAGGACGGGAAACGCUGAACCGUUGGACAAGUCGAGAACAAGAUGGCACGUUUAUUGGCACACGUUGGACGAAUGGGCGUCGAUCGUGUACAAAUGGGCCCAAGACAACGCUAUGCUCAACACGGUGUGCACGUUCUACGAGAUAGCGAACGACAGUGGCGACCUGAACGGUAUCGACGAUGGUGUUCUGACUAAAGCGUUGAGAGUUUUGGAGAGACGUCAGCAGGCGGAAAUACUCACGUUGGAAGGCGGAUCGGGCGUGAAAUUUUUCGCAUGAACCCAAAUCGUUUUGGUACGGAUAUACCUUUAUUUUUUUUUUUUGAAAUUGUAACAGAUACGCAUAAUAAUCGAUCGUGUUUUUUAUUUUUAGUUUUUCAUCGAUUAAAAAAAAAAAAACAUACAUUUACAAA